UCUAACCUCUCAGUUUUCUAUUUAUCGUUCUACUAUUCACUUGCAUUCUCGGUGCAAGCAUGAAGUACUGUAAUACGCUAGUCAUUGCCUGGCUUUUAUUAAUUACGUCAACAUUCCACAACCUAGGCAAUGCUGCAAAAAUCCUCUCCAUAUUCGGUUAUCCCGGACCAUCACAAUAUAUUUUCAUAACACCGCUGCUAAAGGCAUUGGCCAAAAGGGGCCAUGAAGUUGUCUCCAUUUCAACAUUUCCCCAAAAGGAACCGGUGGAAAAUUUUCGAGAUGUAGCUGUUAUGGAAAAUUCGAAGCUGUUUGAACAAAUGCUCACCGAUUUCGCUGGAGGUGCUGAAAAAUCCUACUUCUCCGAAUUUAUGAAUCUAGCUUUAACCGGCAAAGCUAUGGUCACCAAUAUCCUGGAAAAUGCAGAAGUAAGGCAGAUGAUGGCCGAGGAACACUUCGAUUUGCUGAUUGUGGAGAUAUUUUUCUCCGAAGCACUGUUGGGAUUGGCAGAACAUUUCAAAGCCCCAGUGAUAACUGUUUCCACUUUUGGUACCAUAAAUUUCAUGGAUGAUUUAGUUCGAAAUCCCUCACCCUUAUCCUAUAUACCGCAUUUGGCCCUGCCAUAUGGUAAUCGAAUGUCGCUUAUGGAAAGAAUCGGCAAUGUUGUAAUGCAAACUUUGGAUGAUUUGAAUUUCAAUUUUGUCAUGCUUCCCUUUCAAGAGGAGUUGUAUGGAAAGUAUUUUCCCAAUGCCAGGCUGUCCUUGGAAGAAGCUCGACGAAAUGUUUCGCUGGUGUUGUUGAAUGAUCAUUUUACCCUACGUUCUGCAAGGCCUUAUGUACCCAAUAUGAUUGAGGUGGGUGGAUUGCACAUAAAACGUCAACCAGAUCCUUUGCCCCAAGAUUUACAGGAAUUACUCGACAAAGCGGAGAAUGGAGUUAUUUACUUUUCCUUGGGUUCGAAUAUCAAAAGCAAGGAUUUAUCGGCACAAAAAAUACAAAUGUUCCUUGAAGCCUUUCGAAAUCUGAAAUACACAAUUUUGUGGAAAUUUGAGGAGGACAAUCUACCGAAUAAGCCGGGAAAUGUUAUAACCCGCAAAUGGUUUCCCCAACCCUCUGUGCUGGCCCAUCCCAAUGUCAAGUUGUUUAUAUCCCAUGGUGGCUAUCUGAGUACCACGGAGACCAUAUAUCAUGGCAAACCCAUAUUGGGUAUACCUCUGCUUGGAGAUCAAUUUAUGAAUGUUAAAAAUGCUGUCAAGGCUGGCUAUGCCUUGAGCCUCAGUCUGGAUCAGGUUACACCGCAAACGUUGAGGAAAACAAUUCUAGAAUUGUUAACAAAUCCAGUUUACACCCAAAAUGUCCAGCAACGUUCAAAACAGUUUCGAGAUACGCCAUUAACACCGCUGGAAACUGCCAUCUAUUGGACGGAAUAUGUGUUAAGGCAUGAGGGAGCGGUGCAUAUGCGUAAUGCCGGGGUGGAAUUGAAUUUUAUUCAGUAUCACAAUAUUGAUGUUUAUUUAAUAUUGUUUGUUGUUUUUGUUGCUGUUCUUAAGUUGUUAAUUGUAGUGUGCCGCUUGUUGAUGAAACACGUUUGUGGUGGUGCGAAUUCGAAUCAGAAUAAAAUUAAAGCGAAUUGAA